AACAGUUCCGAAACGGUAAUUAAAAUGUUGUAAAAGCUUUUAAAAAAGGCGUGGCGUAUUAAACUUUUCGUAUAAAAGAAAUUAAAUAGUACAUAAUUUAUAUACUUUUCCAUUAAUACUUAAAACAUAAAAAUGAAUAAGCGCUAUAGUAAUUAAACUCAAAAUUUAAUUAAUAAAUUGACAACUUGUUUGUUUUGGUGUCGUGAUUUUGAACGUUAAUUAUAAAAUCAAAAAUGUUGAUUUUUGUGAAGAAACUGUGAAGUGUUUGUGUUUUUAAUUUAAAAUUAUGCUGAAAUUGUAUUGAAAAAUGGACAACCCAAAUAAUGAUACUCUGGAUUUAUCAAGGCGUGGAUUGAAGAAAGUGGAGAAAGCUCCUGGAGAGGAAGCUAAAACGAUCAUAAACUUAAUCCUCGAUCACAAUGAACUUCAGCGGCUGGACAAUAUCGACUCCUACAAUCGUGUCGAGAAUUUGUCAAUAUGCAACAAUUUCCUCAUGCGAAUGCACGGGGUCUCCAGGUUGACCAAUAUCCGCAUCCUGGCGCUCAACAACAAUGGCGUCCUGCAGAUUGAGGGACUGAAGGACUUGAUAUAUCUCAAAGUGCUAAAACUUGCUGGUAACAACAUAAAGUCGAUAGAACACCUCAACCACAACAUACACUUAGAGCAUUUGGAUCUGUCCAACAAUCAGAUAUCUUUCAUAUCUGAUAUAUCAUAUCUGAAGAAUCUAAAGCACCUGAACCUGGAGCGCAACCGCAUCCAGGACCUGCGGCAGUGCGAGCGGUACGUGCCCACCACGCUGGCGCAGCUGCAGCUGGCGCACAACAACAUCUCCGACCUCAACGAGGUGUCGCACCUGGUGCAGCUGCACGCCCUCGACAGCUUCUCCGUGCAGGGAAACCCCUGCGUGGCCAUGGCGGGGAAGGACAAACUAGGGUUUGAUUACCGUCCGUUUGUUCUGAAUUGGAUCAUGAGUGUCAAGUCUAUAGAUGGGUUUAUCGUCAGCGCCAUAGAGAGCCUCAAAGCAGAAUGGCUAUACAGCCAAGGCAAAGGCAGACAUUUCCACCCGGGCCAACACAGGGAGUUGUGCGAAUAUUUGGCCUCCACGUGUCCUCUAACCGCUGACGCGUUAGAGACGGAGGAUCAGAGGAAACUGCGCCUUAUUCUCAGUAAGGCUCAGCACCAUCAACAGCAGCUCAAGGAUCAGAACCACAGUCCGGUGAAGUCCAGGAUACAGUCUCCCAGGAUGCAAUCGAGAAUGUCCCAAAGAAACAUGGGCAGAUCUCCAGACCGACUCAGUUCAAGUUUCCACGGCGGUAUUCACAAAACCGGUGCACAGUCUCACAUGAUGUCCAUGUCCUGUUCCGGGGAGCUGCCCACGCCUCCGUCCACCUUCGACAGCCCCCAGCACUCCCAUAGACAAGAUAGAAUCACAGAACAACAAAUACAACCUCAACAACUUCAACAGCUAUCACAAAUACCACAACAGUUAUCUCAGCUACCACAACAGUUACCACAACAGCCACAACAGUUAUCACAAUUACAACAACCGAAGGCGAUAAACCAUUCGCUGGAAGCCGCUUCCAAAAUGGUGCCAGUACCCGAGUCCCUAAUGAGUCCUGACUAUCAAGACCCGAUAUUCGAUAUACAGAAAACUAUACCAAAAACAAAUUCCGCGAAUGUCUCAAACACGUCAUCCCAAUCCUCGAAUAGCAGUGUGAAUGAAGAAAGAAAGUCGGUUAGCAAGAACUUGAAAGGAUCGCCCAAGUUAACCAAAAGUGCAACUUCAUCCCCUAAGUUAAAGUCCAAAAUCGAACGCAAGGGGAGUCUAUCGAAAAUUGAAGUUGAUAAGAAAAUUAAUGGUUUAACAAAAGAGAACACUGACCAAGUAGACCCGGAUAAGUUGGAAGUGAUAAAACUCGCAUCAAACCAGAGGCGGCAGAAAAAGAUGAGCGUGGAGACGAUGGCGGCCGUCACCAUACAGAAGAUGUGGAGGGGAUACCGCAGCAGAAACCUGAAUAAGGAUACCUUGAGGAUCCUACAUGCUAUUCAGGCGGCGAGGGCGAGGCAACAUAUACAACGGCUAACUUGCGAUAUGGAGGCGACGAAAGCAGCGCUGGAGAGUGAGAGGAAGAUCCAGCAGCUGCAGAUGCAGGCCAUCAACGCGCUGUGGAAGAAGGUCUCCACGCUGCAGAAUAUUGACCCAAAAAGCAGGGAGUCAGAAUCUGAAGACAAUUCGGAAGUUUUGAGGCAUCUGACGGAAACCUGUGUUAAUUUGCAGGCGCAGGUGGUGGAGUUGCAAGGCUGCAUGCAGGAGGUUCUACGCGCCGUGUGCAAUAAGAGCCGCGCCGAGCCUGUAGCCACACAGACCGACAUCGUCGCUGUCACCACCCCACAAGAGGAGAGAUGCGGCUGGCUGCGGCGACCGCAAUCGCUCGCUAUUCCCGCCGCCGCGCCCGCACCCGCCGCACUCCUCAACGACCUCGUUGUAAAAGCAACCGAUGUAGAUGCUCUAGACAUAGAGCGUACCGAGUCGGUGAUCGAAGAGCCCAGUAUAGACGACCUCACCGAACGAGAGCUGGUCGUCGACUGAUGAUCAUUUACAUUUUAGCUAAUAAUUCGAACGCGUUCACACAUCCAGAGACAAUCUAGACAUCGACAGUGCAUAUUACGAAACGAAUUUUAGAAAGAGAUAGACGUAUUGACUUUGCAGUGCUGAAUCUCUGUCGCACGUAUUACACAUGAAUUUUUGAAGUAAAACUUCUUUACGCAUGCUUGACUCGAGUAAAUUGACAAAUUGUAAUCAAGCGUACAGCCACAGUGAAACAGUGUUUGUUAUUUUGAGCUACCAGUAGAUGGCGUUCUUUGAGAACUUUGAAACUAACCCUAUUUGUACACUAUAAAAACUUGUUGCCAUGCAGUUCAGUCUGAGGCUCACAGAUGGCGCUUUUUUAUUUUUGAAAGAAGUUUUGUUUCAGUCGUUUGGACUACAGCACAGUUUUUUUUUUCAAAAUUUAUAUCAAAACCCAACAACGUUAGUGCUUGUGAUAUAACUGAAAGAGACAAGCUCUGCGAAUACAGCAAAUCUAUCUCUUUAUAGUUCAAUGUGUAAGAGUAAUAUGAAUAUUACAAAUUCGUUUCUAUAAAAAUCAUAUACCUUUAUGGCCUAAAGGAGAAACCCAGUCUCCAUGUGAAUUUGGGCUCAAAAAAUUGGCUAAAUCAGCUAAAUUACUUCUUAAAGGUACAUUUGUGCAACUUAAUCGGAUCCGUUUGACAUCAAAUUCAUCGCAUUAUCUGUGACUGACAGUUUUUUUUAGGGUUUUGACAUUAAUUUGACAAGUAAAAAAUAAUGAAAUCAGCUUAUUUUCCCUGUUGGCCAUUAUUGUUUCGUCUAAAAUUCAAAUGGAGUAAUCUAGUAAAAAAUACAAGACUUUUGGUACAUUUUUCAUUUCGGUAUCGUUCUGAAGAGUGGGUCCAAUUUCGGGUUUCUCCUUUUAGUCUAUGAUAAACUGUCAUAUCAAGUAUGUCCUCAAAUGGAUUCAUCUGUGAUCGCGUUUCUUUUUUGUAUUAUAAAGAAUAAUUGCGAAAUUACGCUGCGUCAAAAAAAGCUUUAACUAUGUUUGCGAACAGUUAUGUGUGUGUGUUGUAGUCAAAAGCCGAAUUCCUUUUGGUAUUGCGGUUUAUUUAUCGUAUUGUGUGUGACAGCUAAAGAAAUGUGUGGUUACUACUAGCUCCUUUUAGACCAUAAAGUAAAAUUAAGAUUAAAAAAACAAAUGAAUACCAUAAAUUCAAUGUUGUGCAUGAUAGUUACGUCGAUCAUUAUAGUCACUGAGUCAACGGGCCAUCAAUCGUUUAGCCUAAACGGCUCAGUAGAUAACGCGCUGAGUAGAUAGAGCGUUAUCUACUUGCAUUUAGUUGUGAGGCAAUAAAGGAAACACUUGGUCGCUAACUAUGGGCCUCAUAAGAAGGCUCCGAGUCACACAGCGGGCGAUGGAACGAGCUAUGUUAGAAGUGUCUCUGCGUGAUCGAAUCAGAAAUGAGGAGAUCCGCAGAAGAACCAAAGUCACCGACAUAGCUCAACGAGUUGCGAAGCUGAAGUGGCAAUGGGCGGGGCACAUAGUGCGAAGAGCCGAUGGACGUUGGGGUCCCAAAGUGCUGGAAUGGCGACCCCGCACUAGUAAGCGCAGUGUUGGCCGACCCCCCACCAGGUGGACUGACGACAUCAAGCGAGUCGCAGGGAUUCGCUGGAUGCAGGUGGCUCAGUAUCGUGAUGUUUGGAAGUCCCUACAAAAGGCCUAUGUCCUGCAGUGGACGUCCAUCGGCUGAUAUGAUGAUGAUGAUGAAAGGAAACAACCUAAAUGACAAAAUGAAAUGCGCUCACUAGAUAUCGCGUUAUCAACUGAGUUGUGAUAUAAAUGUCAAUAGAUAGUCAUAGGGAAAAGAUUGCGGUCCCGUCGACUACGUUGAUAACGCGUUUACUCAUUUUCAAAAUGUCGUUUGCAAUAAAUUCGAUCCUUUUUAUAAAAUAUGCGUAAUUUAAAAUGAUAAAUACAAAACCAGAGCAUCGCAUAGACAAAGCAGCUGAAAUUAUUUGAAUAAGUUAAGGUUAGAAUUUAGCUUUAAUUUGGAUUUUUUCAAAAUAAUGUUUUAAAAUUAGGAAAGACCGGAUUGGCUUUAUUAUAUCUGUAGGAAAAACCAAAGACAAAACUCGAUUAAGGUUAUGUGAAAUUAAUUCUCACUUUCCAUUAUUUAUAAACGUGGUUUAGCUUAUUAGUAGUUACUUAGUUUUAUUUUAUACUAAAUAGGCUGUAUGGUCAUCAAUCUUUGCCUGUCAAAUUAAAAAAAAAAACUUCUUUGUCUCCUUUUUCCAAAUGGUAAAUUACUCACGACAGAAAGAGACACCUAUUCCACCACUGUACAGCAUUUAUUAAUAAGUUACUAGGCUGCUAGCGUAAUAGACACGAGAAAACUUAAAUAAAAAAAAAUGUAGGUAUUUUUUCUGAACCAAAAUUGUUGUUUUUCUAAAUUACUAUGACAGUUUUGCAGCGAUCUCCUAUUAAAAAGUGGACGCCCAAUCAGCGACCAAAAACGUCCCCACUCAAUGAGUGCCAAACACAACUUCUUGGCACUCAAUUCAAGUAGUCGCAUUUGCAAAUUCAACCUUAAACUCAAUCCUUAAAGUUGAAUUUGCUCUGACUUUGGGAUUUUAUUGAAUAUUGGACUGUAUUUAGAGGCCUUUAGGUUUAAUUUUCUUUACUAAUAAUUCUAAAACUGUCAAAACAAAAUUGACCAGUUUUUAAGUGAAAUAUUCUACAUGAUUGUGCGUCCUUUUAUUAUAAGAGGUCAAUGCAGUUUUGUGUAUAUUUUUUCCUAAAAUUUCGUGUCUGUUUUGCUGGCCCUAAAGAAAAUUUCAAGCUUUAUAUUUUUUAAUCUCAAAUGUAAAUAUGAGCAAAAAGCACAUUUUAUAAGUUUUAAAAUUAUUUAUUUAUUUAAGUUAUUUAUUUAUUGCUAAGCGUUUUAUUAUUAACAUAGAUAUCGUGGUUGUUUAUUCAGAAACGAAUUUUCCAUAGAUUUAGUUAAUUGUUUUUAUAGCGUUUAUUUUUGUAUAUUGUAACAAUACUUUUAUUCAUUAGCUUGUUUGCCAACACAAAAAUGCAUUUUUUUACAUUUGACUUGUCAAAUUUUAUUCUGCCAUUUUAUUUAAUUAAUUAAUACAAGAAUACUAAAAUGGCGAUUAAAAUGAGGGUCAGCAGUAUUUAAAAAAUAAGUAUUUAAAAAAAUAUAUUCUCUGAAAUUGGUCAAGCCGUUUCGGAGGAAUGGUUUCCUAUUUGGUAUCGAAAGAAAUAUUUAUAAAACUCAAUGUAAUACUGGUAAUUUAAAUAACAAACGAAACGCGAAACGCUUUAUACGAAAAUUCCUUUUUUUUAAUGACGUCACAAUUGUGACUCUGUCAACAAAUGUCAAGAAUGACAUCACUGAGCUUCUGAUGUAAAUACACAAAGAAUAAUUUUUAAGAUUAAUUUAUAUGUAAGGUUUUCAAUUUAAUAUACAGACACUAUAAGCUCACAUUCGCACGAGAGUUUUUUUAACGGGCGGUAAAAGACACGUGAUAGCCCAGUGGAUAGGACCUCUGCCUUCGAUUCCGGAGGGCGUAGGUUUGAAUCCAGUCCGGGGCAGCACCUCCAACUUUUCAGUUGUGUGCAUUUUAAGAAAUUAAAUAUCACGUGUCUCAAACGGUGAAGGAAAACAUCGUGAGGAAACCUGCACAUCAGAUAAUUUUCUUAAUUCUCUGCGUGCGUGAAGUCUGCCAAUCCGCAUUGGGUCAGCGUGGUGAACUAUUGGUCUAACCCCUCUCAUUCUGAGAGGAGACUCGGGCUCAGCAGUGAGCCGAAAAUGGGUAAUAAGGCUUAAAAUAAUAUGAAGUAAAAAUUAAGGUCUAAUUCUAACGCCCAAAAUUGAAAAUUCAACACUGCUCGAUAAAAAAACGUUGUGUUUUAAAAACGAAUUUGUUGUAUCUGUACGUUUUUUUUAACGUCCGUUAAAACAACUCUCGUGCGAAUGGGAGCUAAGCUCUCCGCCUACUACACAGGUUAGCGCGUAUCCUUGAAUAAUUUUAAUAAUUAUUCCUUUAAUAAUAAUUUUCCGCUAUUAGACAUGCGCAGAUGCGGGAUGGGAUGGCUGAGGAUUUUUAAUUAAUCGAUAAAAUUUAGUAUAAACUAUGUCGAUACUUAGACAAUAUUCCGUGAUCGACGUCGAAACAUCGUGGCGCAGUAAUAAGUAAAAAAAAAAUUAUAAAAAUAAAUCGGUUGACUCUCUAUAAAAGUGACGAAUCCAUUCCUUAAAUUUUUUGUUCAUUUUGAGAACAAAACAUUCGAUAUGUCGCAUAAAACGAUGUUUUUGAGUUCAAAAACUUCCAAAAAAACUGAUUUUUAAUAAUUUAAAACAUAGGAUACCUUCAUAGGUACUCAAAACAUUAAAAUCAGAUGAUUACCCGAUUUCCGAAACAAAUUAAUUUCUUAGUAGGGAAGUUGAAAAAAAUACAAGGAGAAGAGUUAUGACAGUGUAAUGGGCGUUGACCUUUAGAGUAUAUGUCUAUAUGUAAGAAGUCUGUUAAAAAUUAAUGUUGUACCAAAAUUUGCUUAGUUAUGACUUAGUAGAAUAUGUUGAGUUUUUAUAUUUAGUAAAAGUUAGCAUAGCUCCAAAAGUUUCUUUAGAUUUGUAGGAAUUAAGUUAGAUUUUUAUUCUAGAAGUGUUUUAUUGUAUUAUAGCAUUUUGUGGAGUCUCGCAAAUCUAGAUCUUGAUAAGAUUAGUGCAUUUUAAUAUAUUAACUUAUUUGUUUAGUGCAAGUUAUUUUAAGCGAAAUGUAUGUCUUGUAUUGAAAGCUUUAUUAUUUUUUGUAUUUUUUUUAAAUUUUAGAAUAUGGUGCUUAGUAGCCAAUAUUUUGCGUUUAUUUUUUUUUCCUUUUUUUCUAUAAAUUUUUGUAUUUUGAUAAAGUUUGUAUUUCUACAAAAAUAUUUCAGCCAUUAAAACUGAAUUAUUAUCAAAAAAUUAAAAUUCAUCAUCACCACUAAAAUUCAAUAAUAACUAACCAAUCAAUAAUCAUAUUUUGUAUGUACCUAUGUUAUCCCUAGUCAUUUUUAACAAUUUAUUUCUUUUUUUUAUAUAUUAUCUACUGUAUGAGGGAUAUAUUACACUUAUUCAUUCGGAUUCUGUUUAAUAAGUGUAGCUGAACAAGUGUAAUAAUUCCCUAAAAAUUAUGUAACUUUGAGAUUUAAGCUAUCGUGGAUUUAAAUAUGAUAUAAUUGUGUUGAUAAAAAUUGUUAAUAAUAAUAAUUUCUAAAAAACUCUGCUUGAUAAAUACAAACAAUGUAACAGUUUACGGAAAAUAAGCAAAAUUUCGGUUGUGUAUGAAUCUACGCUAAAUCUUAAUAUUGUAUAUUUUUUUUUUAUGAAAUCUAAUCUAAAUAAUGUCCUGUAAAAUCGUCCUAGCAUAUUUGCAAUGAGUCGUAAUAUUUAAUGGAGAAUAAUAAUCAGAUAAUUCAAUACUAUACAGAUAGACCUACAUGGUAUUUGUAAUACCAUGCGAGAAUAAAAUGUAACAGCAAUCCAGUGACAAUUAAUUUAUAAAAAAAAUAUGAUUUUCACAAGAUCACACUGAAACUGUAUUAAUUAAUAAUUAAGAUAAUUUUAAUUUGUUGUUAGUUCACAUAACAUCCUACCAAUUCGGAGAUGGAAAAAGGAAUGUGAUCAAAAGAAGAACAAUUUUAGAUCUCGUAAAAAAUAUUGGUUUUUUUUUAAUGUUAUAAACGUAUUACGUCAUACGUUAAAUGUGAGUCGGGCUACAUACCUUCAGUUUUAACUUUACAGUUAUUUUUUAAUCUAAAUUUCAAUCAAAAUCAUUAAUAGCAUAGAUUUUUUUAAUCAACUUAUGCAAUUAUAAUUAUUUAUUUAUUUUAUUUAUGCAGUAUUUCUUUAGAAAAUAAUAAAAAAAAAUGUCUUUACGUUGAGCUUAAAUCAAACUCUGGUUUAAUAUAAUAACGUCGAAAUGUGUUAACUUGCACGGCUUGGGUGUUAGGUUUAUUUUCGUUACGGAAUUUCUUGAUUCGGUCGCCGCCCUUAAAAGCUAUGCAAAUAGCUUAAAAACUGUACAGUUAAAACUGACGAGCACUACAUACAGACGAUUGAACCGAACAGUUCGUCUGUAGCUCGCAUUAGUAACAAAAAAUAUUCGCAUAUUUGCCAGUCUUGUGAAGUUUUAUUUUGGCUAAAUUGCUAGGCGAAUCACAAGCGCUUCGCUUCAAGCUUGCGCGAGAGUCUUAGUAUAUAAGGAGGUGCACAAAUGUGUUUGUAAUUUGUAUUGUAUUCCAGCCGAAUGGAAACUUGAUUGUUUCAACAAUUGUUUGUAGCAUUUUAAAAACAAAAUAUCGUAGGUAUUAUUUUUAUGAUACAACAGAAUUGUUUUUAGUUAUUUUAUUACGGUUUAUACAGGGUGCUCGGGAGUAGUUCCCAUAACUCUAGGGUUAUAUUAUUUAGGGAAAAUUAAUUUAAAAUAUAUAAGGAAUCUGUGAUCUAAAAUUGGAGUGAAAAAACAUUUAUUUUGUAAAUAGAUCUUAAAUUUUGUCCUUUAUAUGGCAUCCUUAUUUAUACCUAGCCAAACUUAUUCAUUGAUAAAAAUCAUCAAGUAGUAGUGAAGUGCGGUAUGCCAGUUGGAAUAUCUCGUCGAUAUCGACAGUCUUACCACUACGAUAACGUAUUUUAAAAAUAAGCAAGGAUAGAUAAAGGCUAGGGUCACAUGGGAUAGUUGGAAUUAUUUGAAUUACUUUGUAUGAAAACAUAAUUUUUUUUUUUAGUUAUUAAAUACUGUUCGCCUCGUAUAAGUGGACUUGACAACACGUUGAAGUUAUGUGAAAAACUCCCGAGCACCCUGUAUAGCGACUCGGGUUUUUUACGGUUUUUCUACUAAUCGAUCAUCAGUCGGUUUUUAUACAAUUUUGCUAACACUCUAAAAUGUUACGAGAUUGUUGUAACAAUUGCGUAUUUCUGUUCGGCUGAACCGUGGGUAUAGAGUAUAGACCACGGUGGGGUGUGUAAUAAAUGUUUAUUGUGUAAGUGAUAUUGAUUGUGAAACCUGACCAGAAAAAUAUUCUACUUGGUUAAUUAAAAGGUAUUAAGGUACUUUUUCAAUGUAAUUACUCAUUCAAGAAUUAGGGGUUCUAAAAUUAGUGGCUAUUUGGAAAUGACAUUUCCCAAUUUUCUAUGGAGGCUGUGCCUAUAUUCCGAGUGUCAAGUAAGCGGAACAAAUUAUUUUUAUCUUAAAAAAACGUAGAAUAUUGGGCGUAAAACCUAAAAAUAUAUUUUUCCCGGAGCCCCCAUUUUUUUAAUUAAUUUAAUAAAAUGUGAUUUUUCCAUCAGCUGACAACACAUUCAUGCUUCUCUGUCUACGAUUUAAUGUUUCUUUGUUUUUUAAGUUGUGUCAUAUUGACAACAUGACAUUGACAGCUUACACCGGAUAUUAAUUCAAUUCCAGUUAUUUUUAUUGGUUGUUUGAAUACUUUUACUAUAUUGUCUACGUUUUUGUAGACAAGGGAGCGAAACAAAAAAAAAAUAUUUAUAUUAAUGCGGGUUCCGAAAACUCUAAAAAAAUUUUUCUAAAAAGCGAUUUGUAUCCUCUAUCUGUAAAAAUACUAUCGACAUGCUUAUAAAUUAUAAAGGUCCAUUUUGGGACAUGUUCUUUGUGAAAAAAAUUACAUCACCCAUAUAAAAUCUUCCUUUCCUUUCGGAAGCAAUUGGAACUACCACCAUAAAACAGGAAGUUUUUGAUACCUCACAUCGCUCCUAUCAAGAGAUAUUAAAAAGCUAUUGACCCAUUGUCGUAAAUAGAAUUACCUAUUUAUACCUACACCUAAAGUUUUGCAUAAAAAUAACACAGUCAAAAUCAAUUUUCCUUUAAACAGUUGCUGCUAUAGGUCAAAUUUAUAAUAUAAAAAUCUAUACUAAUAUUAUAAAGCUGAAGUGUUUGUUUGUUUACCUGAACGCGCUAAUCUCAGGAACUACUCCGAUGUCAGAAAUUCUUUCAGUGAUAUAUAAUAGCCUAUUUAUCGAGGAAAUUUAUAGGCUAUUAUCACCGUAUUCCUACGGAGACGGUCAUAUAUAAUACGAGUAAAAUAUUCACGCCACAUGAGUGAAUGAAUCGACCAUUAUUUUUCUGGUCAUGUCAGACGUGUGUACAUUCUAAUGUGUUGUGUCCUGUCCGGUGCCCUAACGUGUAUGCAAUAUCGUCGUUGACUUUAUUAUUACUUGUUUGGCGUUCAUUCAAAGAUUCUAUACUAUUAGAUAUGGUCAAACACGUCGAUACUGAGGCGAAAAAAAGCGGCUAAUUGUCUUAAUUUCAUUUAGUCGCAUAGUAAAAACGAAGGUUAUAUAAACAAAUGAUACCUAAUGUCUACAAUGUCGAGUUGUGUGUCCGAGUGUAAAAACUAUAUAGACAAAUAUAUAAUGUAAGUAAACACAGAAUUGUGCAUGUGUGCGCUCAUUGGAGUAACUAAAGUCGAAUCCCUUUUUGCGGUGAUACAAUUUUCGACACAUAUUUAGUUUGUUGUUUUUACAUUUAGAUUCCUGAAAAGAUGUGAAAGUAAUUUAUGGAUGAAUAAGUUAUAUAAUUAUAAUUAAUAUAUUAUUUUUGAUUAUACUACAAUAUGAUUUUACUAUAUUAUGUCAGAUAAUUCGAAAGAAUUCCGAGUAAUUAUAAAGUCGACGACGUUACAAAAAUGACUUGCCGUCCUUGAUCACUUCAAUUAUAAAGCGAAUGUACCUUUACCCACCUUAUUUUGUUGUCAUUACCUUUAGAGCCUGUAUUUAUUGUGGUUUAUAAAAUCAUUUUAAAAAGUAAA